GCUACCGGCAUGGCAUUAAUGUAUGCCCUUCUUGCUGCAUGCGGCCUUUUCGUCGCCCGUGCGCAGAACUGGUCGGCGGAAGACUUCAUCCCUCAGAGAAGCCUGCAGUCCACCAACAUGGGGCGGUUCCACAACGCCACUGGCCUGCCCGAGGGCAGCAAAAUCCACCUCCGCCUCCACCUUAUGGCAGAGUCGCUCGAGGAGAUGCUGCCCGAGAUUGAGGACGGCUACCAGAUCGUCAUGUACAAGCGGGCAGGGCGGAUGGCGAUGUCGGCGGUGCCGAUGGGCUUGGCUAGGGCUGCGGGUGUGGGUGGGGGGGCAGAGGACAAAGUGCCCUCGCGAAGGAGAAGGAAGCCGAUUAUCGCCGACAAGACCACCCGGCCGCCACCUGAUGGUGACGACACUCCGACUGAUGACGACCCGAAGGACCUCGAAGACUGCCCUGGUCAGUCUGCCGAUGAUGCAUAGAGGCUCGUCUGUGACAUCACUGUGUGGAGUGCGAAUCGCUGUUGCCAUGCAGACGAGGUGUCUGGGAAUGUGAAGUUGGACCUGCCGGUGCCCGACAAUCUGCUCAACAUUUCGUAUUAUCUGCCCGCCAUCGACCUGCCGAAGGAAACAGCGCCGCUCCUCGGUCAGUAGCACGCCUGCUUGCCGCUCCCGCCUCCCCGAUUGAGUGCUGCUCGUGUGUGUGUGUGUGUGUGUGUGUGUGUGCGUCUACACACAUGCAGUGGUGGGCCUGGACGUGACGAAGGGCAAUGCCGACCUCAUUGUGGCCACCGACACCGGCCUGGCGAGUUUCGCUUUCGGUGACCCUGCCGAGAAGCAACAGUACGAGGUCUGCGAGACAAGAGAAAGACGCUUGCCUGCCUGCAUGGCCAGCACCUGAGGUCGCUUGUGUGUGUGCGCCCAUGGCAGACGACCAUCGUUGUCGACACGGAUGGCGUCAAGGAGGUGUACGUUCAGGUCAGGGAGGGAGGGAGGGAGCAAAGCAGAGAUGCAGGUGCCGUAUCUGUGUGUGUGUGUGUGUUGCGAUGGAUUCAGGUGUUGUGCUACAGCCUGUACCCCUACAACACGCCCCCCGUGCCGUGCAAGGCCGAGCUGAUAUGGUUCGAGCACACAGGCGAGUGUCUGCCGCCCACCGAUGAGGUGGUGGGGGUCGACACCGCCGUCGAUGAGACGCUCGUGACGACCGUCCCACGGUACCCAGGGUACUACGCUGCUCCGCAGCACUCCUAGCCAUGCUGCCCACAACCCUGCCUGCAUCGAUUUGUCGCCCGGAUACACCAGCAACGUGGCGGUGGGUGCUGGUUUUUGUGUGAGUGUGUCUGAUGGAUGUCUCAACCCACUGUGCUGUGCUGUGUUUCUCUGAGUGUGUGUUCGUGUCGUGUGUGUCAUUUUCGUCAUAUAUGAGGUUUGCGUGAUUGAGUGAGCUCGGGUCUGAUCAAAAAGGUCAGCCAGGCCGGGCCGUUCUAUUAAGGGCUGGGAUGGUCGGCGUUUUCCAUCAAGGGCCGGCGGGCCGGCAGUGCUGUGCUGUGGUGUGUGUCUGCCAGUGAUGGGCAAAGGCUGACUGGACUCCAUCCACAGUCAGUGGCGUCAAGACUCUAUUCGCUUCGUUGAUCUCUUCAAAACCAC